UGCUUCUACAGGGUCUGCAAAGUUGUAACGUUAAUUAUCUCACUGUGGCACGUGAGAUGGAGUCACUAUUUUAUCAUUUGUUACAGUUGUCUUUUUUUGUUGUUUUUUUUGUCCAAAGUUUAUUGAAGAGGGUAAAAUUUUAAAAUUAAAUGUUAAAGGGAGCUUGUUGAAGCUUUGGAAUAAAUGUACAAUACAUGAUGAAUAUUGCAGUGAGAAUUUUUAGAUGCAAUGUAGACAAAAAAUAUAGAUAUAAAAUAUAGACAAAACGUAUUUUUUUUAAAUAACACCUUUAAUUCAUUUUCGGGAAAACAUCUGUACAUAAGUGUAAUAUUGUAAAAUAAUUUAGCUUUAAAUUAAAAUUGGAAGCCUUUGUAAUCUAAAAUGCCUGUUUUCCUGUAAACUGGAAGUUAACAGUUUACAAUAAAGCUGUUAACUUUUCUGUAAGUAAACGUGUAAGUUAACGGUUCUGUAAAUUCACUUUGGCAGUGAAGGAGACACUAACGGUUGGAGCUCUUAACGGAAGUUGAUAUUCGAGUGGAAGCGCCAGUCCUCCGGAGAUGUCGGAAAGUCGGUCUGACACGCUCUCAUUUGACAAUCAAGAAAUGGCGAGAGUUCUUGUAACAACAUUCAAAAAUGAAAAAGAGACUUCGAAAAACAUUUUCAGUGUUUCAACUGCCAGCAAUCUUGUUGAGGAGAUUCUUGCCAACCAUUCUGGAUUUUUGCUGGACAGGCUACAGAAAUUUAAUUCUGACUUCUUGGAGUACAUUGAUGUUGACAUUAAUGUUGAAAUUAAGGACUUGGACAGAUUCUACGUGUUUCUAUCAACUGGAGGGCCCCUGGUAGAAGUGUCUCGUGAGGAGCAAAUUCCAAACCAGCCCCAUGCUAAUUCAGGAGAAGACGGUCAGACCCAUACAGGAGAAGACAGUGAGCCUCUAAAAUCGCUCCUAAUGAAAAAAGCACCACAAAUCUUUGAGGAGUAUGAAAACACAGGCUUCCUGUCAGGGAAGUCAAGAAAAUGUAUAGUGAAAAUGUGCGUGGGAGACCUAGUUCAGAGGUGUGGUUAUUAUCCUCUUAGUGGAGACAAGUUAGCCUUAGCGAAGAGCAUCAUUACCAUCUUCCCAUCUCUGAGUAUCCAGGUGGCUGGAGAAGGGGAGGGAUUUGAGCAUUUCUAUGAUCCAGCAUCCCACAGUGGAUUCAUUGAGAUAAAAUUGCGUAACCUUCGGCGGAAUCUACAACAACAUGAAAGACGCUACAGAAAGCGAAAAGUAACCAGUUACCCGGAGGAUGCACAAACAUCCAGUGCAACCGAGACCGAAAAUGAUAAUACCAUGAAUGAAUGGGUAACCUUGAUCAAGAGAUUGCGGCCCUCUUCGGAAAACCUUUCAGUAAUAAAGUCUGGGAUGGAAAAAACAUUCACACAGCGCAGAGCAUGGAUUACAAGGGAAUCGCCCACACUUGCAGAAAUAUUGCGUGAAUAUCCACGAUUUAUGGACAUGCCGAGUCUGCUGGACUCAGAGUUUGGAAGGUUGACAGGUGAAAAGACAGACCUUUUCCUUCGUAGAUGGGAGACCAACAUCAUGCCAAAACUUAGAGUUGUGGCUGCCAUGGAACCUGGACUCAGCACUCUUUUGAGAGGAUUUGAAAACAUGACUGAAGAGGAGGCUUGUUACAGAACACUCGUGGUACUAACACACCUUCUGCCCCCUGUUAGUGGAAGACAAUGUAGCGUCAAGGAUACAAUAACACACCUUCUAGAUUUUGUGCCGACUGGAACAAGAAUAGCAUCCCUCUGCAAUGAUUCUGCUACUUCAUCAACAAACCAUCAGCCCCAGCUCAUCUGCAUCGGUAAUCUGCGGUCGUCAAAGCAGUAUGUCAUCGUUGCAAAAAAUGACAAAGUCACCAUCCCCCUGGACGAUGGACUCACAUGUGCUGUGGACAAGCUUUUUAAGCUGUACUGGGUGUUUAACUUGUGUUAUCCAUCCCAACUCGGACCUGUCUUUACGUUUUUUGAGUACAUCUAUGAUCUUCCAUUCUCCACACAAAGAAAAACAAGGGUGAUUGAAUUGAUUGCACAACUUAAAGCUUGUAAAUGAAAUGUAUUGUUGUCCAAAAUGUAGACAAACUGGUUUCAAAGAGGUGAAAAAUCUCCUAUGGCACCUCCGUGAAAUACACUGCUUAUCAGAUGGACAGAAUAUAAAAAUUAGAUGUGCUCAGGAAAAUUGUCCAAGAACAUAUUAUAACUUGAAUUCAUUUACUAGGCAUCUACACAGAGUACAUUUUAAGAUGGGUACAAAAGAUAUGCCUGUUGUGCAAUCCUUGUUCCCAAGCGAGGGUUCAAACAGUGGAGAACAAACUCAUACUGAUAAUUUGGAUACACCCAAUAUUAUGGUUGCAGCUCCACAAUCAGAAAAUUACAUUGAGCUCAGUAAUUGUGCAGCAUCUUUUGUUUCCCAGAUGUAUUCAUCUUCAAAUGUAACUUUUUCUGAUGUCAUGAAAAAUGUGAACUGUGCAAAGGAGCUAAUUACUAGAACUGUAGACAGGUUGCAGCAAUCAACUACAACUUUGUUGAAUAGUUUGCAAGUACCUGGUGACAGUGAUACUUUGAUGAAAGAGUUUGAAGAUGCCAAGCACAUAUUUGAUGAUCUUGACACACAAUAUAAAAUAAAAAAAUGUUUUGCGAAGUU